GCCAUACGAAGAUCCCAUUUGCUAUUAUGACUUCUGAUGAUACAAAUGCACUGACCAUCAAGCUUUUGGAAUCAAACUCCUAUUUUGGAAUGGAACCAUCACAAGUGAAAAUUCUAAAGCAGGAAAAAGUAGCAUGUCUAGCUGACAACGAUGCAAGCUUUGCAUUAGAUCCAAAUGACAAGUACAAGAUCCAGACAAAGCCACAUGGGCAUGGAGAUGUUCAUUCUCUUCUUUAUUCAAGUGGAUUACUUGAGCAAUGGAAGAGUACAGGACGGAGAUGGGUUCUCUUUUUCCAGGACACAAAUGGAUUGCUCUUUAAUGCAAUACCAUCGGCAUUAGGUGUCAGUGCCACCAAGGGCUACAAUGUUAAUUCUCUUGCAGUUCCUCGAAAGGCAAAGGAAGCCAUUGGUGGAAUAACCAAGCUUACUCAUGUUGAUGGUAGAACAAUGGUUAUCAAUGUUGAGUACAAUUAGCUUGAUCCACUCCUUCGUGCAACUGAG